AUGGUCCUCGAAGCUACUAUGAUAGCUAUUGACAACUCAGAGUAUAUGAGAAAUGGCGACUACUUAUCCACAAGAUAUGAUGCGCAAUUGACAGCGAUGGAAUUUAUUUUCCAGAAUAAGGUCAAUUCAAACCCUGAAAAUACCGUUGGAUUAUUAUCUUACGGUGGUAAUGAUCCUCAAGUUUUGUCGACCUUAACGACUGAUUUCGGCAAGAUAUUAUCAGGAGCUCACCAGACAAAGAUCUUUGGUGAAAACCAUUUUUCAAGUGGAAUUCAAGUAGCGGCCCUAGCAUUAAAGCACCGUCAAAAUAAAGUUCAAAGCCAAAGAAUAAUAAUAUUUGUGGGUAGCCCAAUUAAUGACUCUGAGAAGGAGCUAGAAAAGAUGGCCAAGAAGAUGAAAAAGAAUAAUGUAGCAAUUGAUAUUAUAAAUUUUGGAGAAGAAUCAGUGAACACAGCAAAAUUGGAAAAGUUCAAUUCAAUUGUAAAUAACCAUGACAAUUCUCAUCUAGUCACGAUCCCUCCGGGACCCAAGCUAUUAUAUGAAGUUAUAGCCAGCUCACCAAUAUUGGUCGAAGAAGGAUUUGGUGGAGGUGACAUUAACAUGGAUGCAUUCAAUGGUGGUAGCGGCGCUGGUGAUAUAAUUGAUCCGAAUAUGGAUCCUGACUUAGCGCUUGCUCUAAGACUUUCUUUGGAGGAAGAGAAAUUAAGGCAAGAAAGAGAAGCAUCCGGGCAAGCUAAGAAUGAGGAAGCUAACGGUGAUGGUAAUGUUGAUGGUGAAGGGUCCUCUAACAAUCAGUUAGAAAAGAUUGAGGAAGACAAAGAGGAGCCCUCGAACGAGAAUAAGGAUUCCGAUAACAAAAAUGGUGCUUAG